AGGAGUCCUGGCAGGUGUUUAGGGGCAGCCAGUGCAGUGAGUGGGGGAACAGCAAGUUAGGCUGGCAAUGAAGGGACAUCUCUCCACUCUGGUGCUGUGGCUUCUUCUCCUCACAAUUCAGGACAUUGUAGGCGCUGAGGAGCUGAGGCUGGCGGAUGGAGGCAGCCCCUGUGCUGGGAGAGUGGAGGUUAAACACCAGGAUCUGUGGGGGACGGUGUGCAGUGAUUGCUGGGACAUGGCAGAUGCUGGGGUUAUCUGUAAGCAGUUGGGAUGUGGAUCUGCUGUCAGUGCCCAUCAUAAAGCUCAUUUUGGAGCAGGAGCUGGACCAAUUUGGCUUGAUGACGUUGCCUGUGCUGGUACCGAGUCUGCUCUUUGGCACUGCAGGAAUGAGGGAUGGGGUAAGAAUGACUGCGGGCAUGGAGAAGAUGCUGGAGUGAUCUGUUCAGGACACAUUAAGCCCCAGCUGGUUGGAGGAGACAGUGCCUGCUCAGGACGUGUGGAGAUAAAACAUGGAAACGCAUGGACCACAGUCUGUGAUGCACACUUUGAUCUCAAAGUUGCCAACGUUAUCUGUAAUGAAUUACAGUGUGGAAUAGCUGUAUCUACCCCAGGAGGAGGUCACUUUGGAGAAGGACAAGGGUUGAUCUUAACUGAAGAAUUCCAGUGUGUAGGGAAUGAGUCUCUCCUGUUCUCCUGUCCCAGGAUAUCAAAAGUGAAUCAGACAUGCUCACACACAAAUGAUGCUGGUGUCAUAUGCUCACGACUCCGGCUGGUGAAUGGCAGCACAGUGUGCUCAGGGAGGGUGGAGAUCCAGGUUCUUGGUGCCUGGGGAACCCUCUGUGACUCACGCUGGGAUUUACCAGACGCCAACGUUCUCUGUCGUCAGCUCGACUGCGGCUUCGCUGUAUCAGCCCCAGGAGGAGGAUAUUUUGGGAAGGGAACUGUCUCUGUCUGGACAGGCACAUUUCACUGCAAAGGGACUGAAACCCAUUUGGGCCAUUGUCCUGUUACUGCCCUGGGGGCCGCUCCGUGCUCACACGACAAUGAUGCCAGUGUGGUUUGCUCAGGUCAUUCUGAAUCACUCCGACUGCUGAAUGGAGAGAGCCGGUGCGACGGGAGAGUAGAGAUUUCCCUCCAGGGUGCGUGGGGCGGAGUGCUGGAUGACCAGUGGGACAUGAACGAUGCCAGUGUGGUGUGCAGGGAGCUCCAGUGUGGAGUUGCUGAGAAAGCUUAUAACCCCCCUAAGUCUGAGCGAGGAACGGGCCCUGUAGGGCUGAGAAGGGUCCAGUGUGCAGGAAAUGAGACUCAUCUGACUCUCUGUGACAACUCCACAUCUGAGGCAGCCCAGGCAGGAAUUGCUGAGGAUGUCGGCGUCGUUUGCUCAGGGAGCCGGCGGAUCAGACUGGUGAAUGGGGCAGGUCGCUGUGCCGGGAGAGUGGAGAUUUAUUACAAUGGCAGCUGGGGGACGGUCUGUGAUGAUUCCUGGGAUCUGUCAGACUCCAAUGUCGUUUGCAAACAACUGGGAUGUGGAAGCGCCAUCAAUGCAACUGUCUCUGCUCAUGACGGGCAAGGAUCUGGGCAAAUCUGGCUGGAUGAUGUGAACUGCUCUGGGAACGAAUCUAAUCUCUGGGACUGUCCUUCCGGGGGAUGGGGCCAGCACAACUGCAGACACAAAGAGGAUGCGGGAGUUCUCUGCUCAGAAUUCAUGGAUCUCAGACUGGUGGAUGGCAGUGACUGUGCUGGGCGACUGGAGGUUUUCUACAGUGGAACUUGGGGCAGUGUUUGCAACAGUCCUAUGGAUGCCGUCACCAUGGCACUUAUAUGCAAACACUUGGACUGUGGAGACAAAGGGACACUUUUGAAGAAAUUUACACAUCGAAGCGGCUCUGGCCCCACCUGGGUGGAUGAUGUUCGGUGCAAUAAGGAGCACAGCUCCCUUUGGCAAUGCCCAUCAGACCCUUGGAAACAACAAUCGUGUAACAGAGUAGAAGAAACCCAUAUUGAUUGUGAAGGAAGGAAAGGGAAACCACCUCAGACCCUGUUUGCCGAAUGCCCGGACUCUACAAACUGCACAGAUCAGGAGAAGUUACGUGUCGUGGGAGGAGAGGACGGAUGCUCGGGGAGAGUGGAGGUUUGGCACCGUGGCUCCUGGGGAACAGUUUGUGAUGACUCCUGGGACAUGGCGGAUGCUAAUGUUGUGUGUAAACAACUGGGCUGUGGAUCGGCUCUAUCUGCCCCAGGAGAGGCUGUAUUUGGUGAGGGGAUUGGUCCUAUCUGGGUGGAAAAGGUGAACUGCAGAGGGACAGAGUCAUCUCUCUGGGAUUGUUGUUCCAAGCCCUGGGGUGAAAGUAACUGUGACCAUAAGGAAGAUGCCGCUGUGAAUUGCUCAGGUGAGUGACAAGAGACUGAUAAUCAAGGUGGGCCAUUUCCAGCACGCCGCCCUCCAACCAACAGUGGGAGAGUCACGGUGCCCGUGGUUGUCUGCAUUAUCCUGGGGGCCCUGCUCUGCCUGGUCUUAAUUAUCCUGGGGGCGCAGGUGCGAAGUGCCAGGGCACAGUGCAGAGGUUCCAGAAGACCCUUGGAUCCCUUCUCUGAGGCCGUGUAUGAGGAGAUUGAUUAUAACCUGAGGAGAGAGAAGCAGGAGACGUUCAGUCGCUCAGCUUCCUAUUCAGAUGACUCAGUGACGAAGCUGCAGUAUUACACCGGGGACAGCGAGGGGGAAAAUGACCCUGGAUCAGAACAAUAGGGAGCUUCCCCAGGAGGGUCUCAGUUGGAUUACGAUAACGUGGAGGAGCCUGCCUUGAACGACAUCCCCCAGACUCCAGAUGGCCGAGAUGCCCCUGCCCUGCCUGGAGAUGUCCCAGGGGAUGGUUAUGAUGAUACCAGAGAAGCGUCUGACUCUGAAGGUGACCCUGCUUCAGGGCAGAAUGAUGAGCAAGGCACUUGGGCGAGUGACAGACACAGGGAUUCACAGACAGGUGGGAGUCCGCACUCGCUAAGGAGUGAAGUUGUCUCUGGGAUGGACAGGGAAACCCCAUUCCCGCUUCCUGGAGACACAGGUUAUGAUGAUGUGGAACAUGGUGACUCUGGGGGAUCGAUAUCAGAAUGAUUUGAUUGGGAAAAAAAUAACCUUGUGAUGAUAUAAAUGCUUUGCCUUUUUCCUCUCAGAAAUGCUCUCUCCGCUAUGAUGGCCUAGAGAGAGUCCCUGCCUGGUAGACAGACAAAGCAGGUCUUUUAAUAAGAUUUGUGUGAAGCUGCAGGAAAUACUAGUGGGAGUUGGAAAAGGUUCAUAAACUUUCUUUGUAUAAUUUUCCAUUGUUUGAAGGGGGUGGAAGUUUCCUGCUUUUUUAUGCCUAUAAUUUCUUCAUCUUGAAUUUUGCCUUUUUCAUAUUAAAUCCUUUCUGAAAC